AUGUCGGUAACUAUUGGAAUAUUUUCAUUUGGACUUGGACAUUUAUGGAUUGCACCAGCUAUACCUAAACUUCAAUCAAUUAGUAAUGAAACGAUUAAUAUAGGAAUACAAAUUUCACCAGAAGAGGGUUCAUGGAUUGCUUCAAUUGAAUUAAUUACCUUACCAAUCAGUUCAUUUUCAACAAUAUUCUUAGCAAAUUAUUUUGGUACAAAAAAUAUUUUAACAUUCGCACCAUUUCCAUUAAUUUUAUCAUGGAUAGUCAUCGUUUUUGCACAAAAUGUUUGGUAUUAUUAUUUUGCUCGCUUUUUAGUUGGUAUCUCAGAAGCACUUUUCUAUAAUUGCGCACCAGUUUAUAUCAGUGAAAUAUCCGAUCCAAAAAUACGUGGUGCCUUACUAUUUUUAAUUCCUGUCAUGUUUAAUGUUGGAACUGAAGAUACAUUACGGUUUUUACGUGGUAAAAAUUAUCAAGCGAACGAAAUUGAUAUUUUAAGAAACGCUAUCCAAAAUGAUAUGUCGAAUAAAGUUACGAUUCGAACAAUACUAAAUACAUACUCCUAUCGAAAAUCAUUCGGAAUAGUUUUUAUGGUUAUGGGGUUUCAACAAUUAGCAGGCACUACAGCUAUUGCAAGCUAUUUACAUCUUGUAAUAAACGAAUCGAAUGUGAAUAUUGGAACAGAAAUACCAGCUGUAAUUAUUGGAUUUGUUACAAUAUUAUCAAGUAUGUGUUCAACAUUUUGGAUUGAUCGAAAAGGUCGUAGACCAUUGCUGUUAGUUUCAAUUUUUGGUGCAGGAUUUUUUAUACUAAUUGGUGGAAUUUAUUUCACAUUAAUGGAAUAUAAAUAUAAUUUAACCAAAUACACAUGGAUACCAACGAUUAUUCUUGUCUUUUACGAAAUUUUUGUAAAUUUUGGUAUAAUUAAUAUGGCGUUAGUUUUGGCUGGUGAAUUAUUUUCAACAAAUAUGAAAAAUUAUGGUGUUGGUGCUGCAUUAAUUAGUUACGGAGUUACGGGAAUUCAAGAAAGUGUCCCGUAA